CCAAUACACUCCGUCUGUGUGCUCUCACCAGCCACACACACACACACACACACACACACUCUCUGGUAUCGGAGCUCUGAGGCUGAAGGACUGAACUCGAACAUCUGUAAGAGAAAAGCUCGAGCUCGAUGUUCACUACUGACCCAAACCCAGAUCCGCCUGAACCCGAGCUGAAGUUUUCUACCAGUCUUUGGUCUCCAAUUGUGCGAGAUGUUCACCAUGGCCCGGGUCACGGCCUUAAUCACAGCCAUAUCCUGCAUGCUGAUGAGUCGCGGCUCCGGCCAAUCAAACUCUUCAGACCACUUCCUGUUCCCUGAUGACCUCGCGGCCCACACUACCCUCUCACCUAUGACCCUCCUCCUGGACCUGGAGAGGUCAGAGGUCAAAACACCCAAGCCUGGACUCAGCCUUUAUGCCCCCCCACACUCUUUCUCUUCCUCUUCUUCCUCUUCAGCUCUGAACUCUGGGAACGGUACAAGUCUCAGUCACCGCUCUUCCUCCACGCCGCCCUCCUGUUCGCGCAGGACGGGUAUGAAACUGACCUUUAAGUACAUAAACAUGGUGCUUUCGUGCGUGAUCUUUGUGGUGGGUAUGGUGGGCAAUGCCACCCUGCUGAGGAUCAUCUGCCAAAACAAGAAAAUGAGGAACGGCCCCAACGCCCUCAUCGCCAGCCUGGCCCUGGGAGACCUCAUCUACAUCGCCAUCGAUAUCCCCAUCAACGUCUAUAAAUUGUUAGCGAUGAGGUGGCCGUUUGCUGAAAACUGGUUUGGGUUGUUUCUGUGUAAGUUUGUCCCCUUCCUGCAAAAGGCUUCUGUUGGGAUAACAGGGCUAAACCUGUGUGCCCUGAGUGUGGACAGGUACCGUGCCGUGGCCUCGUGGAGUCGUGUGCCGGGUGUAGGAAUCCCCGCCUCGACGGCCGUGGAGAUCGUUUCUAUCUGGAUGCUGUCUCUGGUUCUGGCUGUUCCAGAAGCUGUGGGCUUCAACAUUAUCAUCUUCAACUUCGACAACAAUGCGUCCACCCACAUCUGCAUGCUCAAACCAGAGAGCCAGUUCAUGACUUUUUACAGGGAUGUAAAGGACUGGUGGUUGUUUGGGUUUUAUUUCUGUAUUCCGCUCUUCUGUACGGGGAUUUUCUACACCCUGAUGGCGAUGGAGAUGCUGAAUCACAGGAAAGGAAGUCUGAAAAUCGCCCAAAGUGAACAACUCAAACAGCGGCGUGAGAUAGCAAAGACAGUGUUUUCUCUGGUUCUGAUCUUUGCGCUGUGCUGGUUCCCUCUGCACCUGAGCCGCAUUCUGAAGAAAAUGAUUUAUAUUCCGGAAGAUACAGAACGCUGUGAUCUGCUCAAUUUCUUGCUUGUAUUUGACUACUUUAGCAUCAACUUGGCAACCAUCAACUCCUGCAUCAACCCUAUCGUACUCUACGUUGUCAGCAAAAAGUUCAAAAAUUGCUUCAAGUCGUGUCUGUGUUGCUGGUGUUCUCCGGGUUUGAUGUUGAGUAUCAGUGGGAACAGUAAUCAGUAUAGAGCUACAGAUCGUACUACACUACGGAAGGAGAGCUACAACUGAUCCUCCACUUCCUGCUGAUCUGCUGCUGAUUAAGGUCUGGAUUAUUGGAGUGGCUUUAAGGAUCUCGAAGCUCUGGCCCGAAAUUUACUCUUUUAGACUCUUUUGCAUCUGUUUAAUCUAGAGGUUUAUAUUUGGGGAGUAAAGGUACAGAAAAUUCACAAUUUGAUUCACACAUUGGUAUAAACCCCACGGUUCGGUAUGGUUUCGGUUCGGUUGGUGUAAAAAAUAAAGAGGCGGGGCAUUCUGUGUAGCUGCACCUUUAUUAAAUUCAUGAUAACAAUGAAUCUUCAUUAUAAUCAUGUUUUAGUAUUUUGGACAGUAGUAUCCUACUGUCAUCAUGAGAGAAUCCAUGUUUAGAUCUUUGGAACAAACAAACGAUGAGCAACAAAAACACCAGCAUUACUUUAACUGAUUAAACCACAAAUAUUUUUUCUAAGCAUAUUACUGGAUGCAUUUUGCUUGAGUUCUUUUUAAGAAAUCUCAGUUUUAGAUUGUAAAAAUUUUAUUAUAUUAGUGGUGUCAAUCAAUAAAAUUAAAAUCAUUUUUUUAAUGCUGGAAUUUCCGGGUAUUAUUGUGAGGGGACAGUAAUAAUAGUGUAGUCUCCUACAGACUGGCAGUGUGCAUUUGCUCAAACUGAACUGUGACCCGGGCACUGUAAUGGUUUAUAAAGAAUAUACGUACCGUUACACCCCUAAUUAAUAUAUUUCUAUGAAGACUUUUGUUCCAUCACCUGUCAGGCAAAACCACACUUUGCUGAACGUGGUCUACACUAUAACUGUAACUAUUUUAUUGUUGCAUUAUUUUACAGAUAUCUAUAUUUAUUUAGCAAGUCCUAAUGAGGUUAGAGCUUGAAAAUAAUUUUUUUAAAACUUCCAAAACACAAUUCUACCUGCAAAACCAAACCCUGAUGUCAUUUUAACCUUCUGAGACCCAAACAUUUGCUUGCUGAAGAUUUUUAAUUUCUCCGAGCUAUUUGGAAUUAUUAGGACCUAACAAGUAUAGGUACUGUUAUUUUUCAAUUUUUCUCAAAUUAAAAAUUAACCUUACCAUUUAAGAUUAGAAGGACCCAAAAAAUCAAAAAAACUAAAUUUUAGCUUUCUACAUUAAGUAAAUAAAGUAGUUUCAAAUGUAAAAUUGGACGAGAAUCAACAUGCAAAGAAGCAGAAAUGCAAUGAUCAUAAUGAGGACGCAGCAUCUCAAGAGGGUAAAUUAAUGAUUGCUCAUUAAAGCAGCAGUAUAAAUAUAAUAUAGCUAAUAUAUGGCAUUCUGUCUGAUUCCCAAAGUUAGCAGCGCAAAGACUGAGCUGCUAAAAACACUGAUAUAGAAGCUGCUGCUUCAGAAACUGAUCAUCUUUCACAAUUUAUUACAUAAAGUUUUUGUAUAUAUUUUGUGUCUCUUGCAUCAUGUUUAAAAAUGUUAUUUGUUUGUUUCUUUUAAAGUGAAAGUGUGUUUUAUUCAGGAAUAUUCAUCUCUCUCUCCUCUUCUCUCUCUCUGUAAUGUGUUUUAAUGUAUUUAAAUAUGAUUAAUACAUGACAUAAAAUAUACUAGAAUACAUGAAUGUAAAAAUAUAAACAUUAAUAAACUAUAA